GCACAAGCUGCUGAGCGCCGGCCCCACGGAGCCCUGGUCCAUCCGCGAGAAGCUCUGCCUGGCCUCGUCCGUCAUGCGGAGCGGGGACCAGAACUGGGUCUCAGUCAGCAGAGCCAUUAAACCUUUCGCAGAGCCAGGACGCCCGCCUGACUGGUUUUCCCAAAAGCACUGUGCAUCUCAGUACUCAGAGCUCUUGGAGACUACAGAGACCCCUAAGAGAAAACGUGGUGAGAAGGGAGAAGUUGUGGAAACUGUGGAGGAUGUUAUUGUGCGGAAGCUGACUGCAGAACGAGUUGAGGAGUUGAAGAAAAUUAUUAAAGAAACACAGGAGAAAUACAGGCAACUAAAGAAAGAUGCAGAGCUGAUCCAGGCUGGACACAUGGAUAACAGACUGGAGGAGCUGUGCAACGAGAUUAUGAUAAAGAAGAAAAUGGAGGAGGAGGAGGCAGAAGUCAAGAGGAAGGCUACAGAUGCUGCUUAUCAGGCUCGUCAGGCCAUUAAGAAUCCACCACGACGAUUAACGGGCGUGAUGGUUCGCUCCCCUGCAGGCUCAACCUCCCCAGGGGGAGACUAUGCUAUGGGAGAUCUGUCUCAGCCUGCUGUGGACGAGGCCAGUCCAGGGGUUGGUGAAAAUGAAGUGACAGUGGCUUCUGGUCACAUAAACAGCUCGGGAGUGCUGCUGGAGGUAGGAAGCGUCCUUCCAGUGCUGCACAGUGGGGAAAUGCAGUCGGCACCUGGUGCUGUCCCUGCAUCUCCUGCUGCUUCAGGUGCUCCUACGCUUUCCCGGCUUUUAGAAGCUGGUCCUGCACAGUUCACCUCACCUCUUGCUUCCUUCUCCGCUGUUGCCAGCGAACCUCCAGCUAAGCUCCUGCCACCCCCAGUAGAGCCUGUGUCCCAGGCUACCAUUGUCAUGAUGCCCACGCUCUCAGCACCAUCCGUUGUGCCACCAGCUGCGACUCCAGAAAGCGUAGCCACAGUGAGCCAGCCAGAAGCCUGUGUUUCCAUGGAGGCAGUGUCUGAUUCCCAUACCGUAACAGUGUCCAUGGACAGCAGUGAAAUAUCCAUGAUCAUUGAUUCCAUCAAGAAGGAGUGCUUGGGUUCUGGGGCUGGCGGCACUGCAGGGUCUUCCAAAGAUCACUGCAUGGAUGGGAAAGAAGACCUGGAUUUGGCUGAGAAGAUGGAUAUUGCAGUGUCCUAUACAGGGGAAGAGCUGGACUUCGAUACUGUUGGGAAUAUUAUAGCCAUCAUUGAGGACAAGGUAGACGACCACCCUGAAGUCCUGGAUGCAGCAGUUGUUGAAGCUGCUCUGUCUUCUUUCUGUGAAGAUACUGAUGACCCUCAGACCCUGCCUGGCCCAUGGGAACACUCAAUUCAUCAGGAGCACGAGAAACAGGCCCAGAUACCCCAAGUGUCUGUGACUGUGAAGCAGGAGAGACUGGAGUGCGAGGAGCCAGAGGCAAAGGGAAUUCGAGACCUAAUGGGUAUUGGCGAGCUGGGUUCAGAAAUAAAGACAGAACCUGUAGAGCAGGAGCAGAACCAGCUGGGACCUGAAGAAACCAUACCAGCAACUGCAAGAGUGACAGAAACACCAGAGCUUAGAAGUCAAGAGAUAGAAGACGAUCAAAGAGCGGCUGUAGCAGCAGGAGAGACUUCUGAAAUUGAGAUAGAAUCAGCCAAGGGAGAAGAUGCAGUGCACAAUACGGUGAAGACAGAGACCCCACCUGAUGAUGAUUCAUCCCCUCCACAAGUCCCAAAUGUGAGUGAAGACUCCUCACAGGCUGAUGUUCAGCACAAAUUUGAGCUGUCAGAGUCAAUAAAGGAGGAGGCCCAAGCCCUGUUUAGGAGUCAGAUGAAGGAUGGGCAGGGUGAAGAGGAUGAUGAGGAUGGUGCCAGUGAGGCUGCCAGUUUGGAGGAACCCAAAGAAGAGGAUCAGGGUGAGGGAUAUCUAUCAGAGAUGGAUAAUGAACCCCCUGUGAGCGAGAGCGAUGAUGGCUUCAGUGUCCAUAACGCACCUUUACAGUCUCACACGCUAGCCGACUCCAUCCCCAGCAGCCCAGCCUCCUCACAGUUCUCAGUGUGCAGUGAGGACCAGGAAGCAAUACAGGCCCAGAAGAUCUGGAAGAAAGCCAUCAUGCUAGUUUGGAGAGCAGCAGCUAAUCACAGGUACGCCAAUGUCUUCCUCCAGCCUGUAACUGAUGAUAUAGCACCAGGCUACCACAGUAUUGUGCAGAGGCCAAUGGAUUUAUCUACCAUCAAAAAGAACAUUGAGAAUGGGCUGAUACGAACCACAGCAGAGUUCCAGCGUGAUAUUAUGCUGAUGUUUCAGAAUGCAGUGAUGUACAACAGCUCUGACCACGAUGUGUACCACAUGGCUGUGGAGAUGCAGCGAGAUGUCCUGGAGCAGAUCCAGCAAUUUCUGGCCACGCAACUGAUCAUGCAAACAUCAGAGUCAGGGAUCAGUGCAAAGAGCCUGCGUGGGCGAGACUCCACUCGCAAGCAAGAUGCAUCAGAGAAGGACAGUGUCCCAAUGGGCUCUCCUGCCUUCCUUCUCUCUCUCUUUGAUGGGGGCACCAGAGGGCGUCGCUGUGCCAUCGAGGCAGACAUGAAGAUGAAGAAAUGAUGCUGCAGGCACACACAGAAUCCCAGCACCUGACAUCCAGAGCUGGAGUGUAAGCAAGAUGCAGUUAACCGCUGUUGGAGGAGGAAUUAACGCUGCAGGUCGCUUUCUGGGACCUGGUCCACCUUCUUCGCUUGCCCCUCUGGAAAGCAGUGUCUCGUCGGAAUAUGUAACCCAAAGAAACUUCCCUGGAGGGGAAGACUAGCCCCCCCUGCCUGUUUUAGGGCAGUCGUCUUGGGCUUCAUCAGUGUUCUGGUGUUAGCUAGCAACUGGUGGCUCGUAUGUACUGUAAUGUGAAGUGUACAGAUUUUUACUAGUGAUGUGUAAAUGUGUAUGUAUAUUAAAGUCUGGG